UUGCAGCUACUGUGACUGGUUCUAAAGAUCCCAAUUCUGGAGAGAAAGUCCUAACCAUGACACCUGGCAAGGAAAGGGAAGUACUCUAUGAAGAUACCUCUGGGGAUGGUGUUAGUACCAUUUACAGCAACCCAGUAUCACCACAGGCUUCAGACUCUACAGAUGAAUUUACCACCUACUUUGAUCAGAAAAUACCUAUACCAGAAGAUGAAAAGCACCCAUGGUUCAGUUUUCGAAAACUCUGGGCCUUCACUGGGCCUGGUUUCCUGAUGAGCAUUGCCUACUUGGAUCCAGGUAACAUUGAAUCUGACCUACAAUCUGGGGCAGUUGCAGGAUUUAAGCUGCUCUGGGUUCUCUUGUUGGCUACUAUCAUUGGUUUGCUCUUACAACGUCUAGCAGCAAGGCUGGGUGUGGUAACAGGACUUCACCUGGCAGAAGUAUGCAAUCGACAGUACCCCAAGGUUCCUCGACUUAUCUUGUGGCUGAUGGUGGAGCUGGCUAUCAUUGGAUCAGAUAUGCAGGAAGUCAUCGGCUCAGCAAUUGCCAUUAACCUUUUGUCCGUUGGGAAAAUCCCUUUGUGGGGUGGAGUGCUCAUAACAAUAGCUGAUACCUUUGUGUUUCUCUUCCUGGAUAAGUAUGGUUUGAGGAAACUGGAAGCAUUGUUUGCCUUCCUCAUUACCAUCAUGGCGGUCACAUUUGGAUAUGAGUAUAUAACUGUAAAACCAGACCAGGGACAGCUGCUGAAAGGGAUGUUUAUGCCUUAUUGUGAAGGCUGUGGGCCUGCCCAGCUAGAGCAAGCUGUUGGGAUCGUAGGUGCUGUCAUCAUGCCUCACAACAUGUACCUGCAUUCUGCUUUGGUCAAGUCUCGACAGGUGAAUCGGGCCAAAAAGAAGGAAGUUAGCGAGGCCAACAAGUAUUUCUUCAUUGAAUCCUGCAUUGCCCUUUUUAUCUCCUUCAUCAUCAACGUCUUUGUUGUCUCAGUCUUUGCCGAAGCAUUCUAUAAAAAGACAAACCAAGAAGUGCAUGACAUCUGUGCAAAUAAAAGCUUUGCCCAAGCUGUGGUGUUUCAAUCAGAUAAUAGCACCCUGGAUGUGGAUAUCUACAAAGGGGGAGUAAUUCUCGGUUGUUACUUUGGCCCUGCUGCUCUCUACAUCUGGGCUAUUGGUAUCCUUGCUGCAGGACAGAGUUCAACAAUGACAGGAACGUACUCUGGACAGUUUGUUAUGGAGGGAUUCCUCAAUCUGAAGUGGUCGCGGUUUGCUCGUGUGGUUCUAACCCGUUCCAUUGCCAUCACGCCAACUCUUCUGGUUGCCAUUUUCAAAGAUGUGGAACACUUGACAGGCAUGAAUGACUUCCUCAAUGUCCUCAUGAGUUUACAGUUGCCCUUUGCUUUAAUCCCAGUGCUCACGUUCACUAGUCUGCGUCCAGUGAUGAAUGACUUUGCCAAUGGCCUGGGCUGGAAAAUCGCUGGGGGAAUUCUCAUUGUGAUCAUCUGCAGCAUUAACAUGUACUUUGUGGUGAUCUAUGUGACUACCCUUGGACAAACAGUGUUAUACAUAUGUGCUUCAAUUAUCAGCGUUCUCUACUUAGCCUUCGUGGCAUAUCUGAGUUGGCAGUGCUUAAUUGCUCUCGGAGUUCCCUUCCUGGCUUGUGGGCAUACGUAUCAUCUGGGACUUACUUCUCAGCCAGAACUCUUUCUUCUGAACAAUGUUGAUACUGUCUCAAUCACGAAUAGAUGAAAUCCCAUCCACCACCGUCAACCGAGUGUAACUUAUUUGAAACACCCUUUCAGUGUUGCACAAAACCAAAUUUUGAUUGGUUCUGAAAUGAGCAGGUACAAGUCAAGAAUUGCCAGUGGAGACCGAGCUUCCCCUUGGAAAAAGAAGCAGGAAGGAGAGUCAAAUUAUGAAGAGUUAUCUGUUACACUGGGAAACAGACUUCUUUAGAGGCUGUAUAUGAGAUCAACUAUGAAGGCUAUUGACAAAGUUGGAGCAUAUCUUGCAUCGUAAGUGAGAAAAAUGGUUGUAACUGACACACCUGCAAAAUGCGGAAUGUAACAAAAAGGUGAAGAGCUAUGAAUGAAAUAAGGGGAUUGAACUUGAUAUUUCUCUCUUUUUUUGCACGUCUCAGUUCAUUUGUGGGGAAAGUGGCUGGGAGAGAAUUACACCGGAGAGUCGCAAAUAAAGGGAGAGUUUGGUACCCUCUUCCCAUUUUUCCACUUAGAAAUCCUCACCUCUUUAUUGAUACAAAUAGGUACAUAUUUGUAAAUGAAAGUUGCGAUAGGAAGCCUCCCACUUCAUACAAAGUGUCAUUAAUCUGUUUUGGAAGGAUUCACAAUUUUCUCUUACCUUGUGAUUUCUAGAACGCUGUUAGACAGUACUGUAGAAAUUAAGCAAUAUCCUGCUUUAAAGCAAAAGGAAAAUUGAACAGAACUUUCUGAAACUCUUAAUGAUCAUAAUCCACCAGGAAGGGUAUCUGCGUGAGCCCUAUAUAAGACAUAAAAUAAAGAUGAAUGAAUAUAAAGUGGACUAAGAACAUACUUCAAGUUCUUUAGGAUUAGACCAAUGUUUUUCAAUCUUGGCGAUUUGAGGAUGGGUAGACUUCAACUCCCAGAAUUCCUCAGCCAGUUGACUGAGGAAUUCUGGGAGUUGAAGUCCACACAUUUUCAAGUCCCCAAAGUUCAGAAACAGUGGUUUAGACAAAAUAAUAAUAAUUGGUAGAUUUUUCAGCUACAUCUUCCUAUCCUAUUUCAAUAUGUUUUAUCCUGUUUCCUUCAUAUGGCAUAUUCCUGUGCUUUGCAUACAUGAAAGGUGUGUAUUCGUUUAACCCUCUGGUUCCCUGUUUUGUUUAAUUGUUAUGGGGAAUUUUUUAUUUCUCUUUUUUCAUGCAAGUCUCAUUCAGUCUAGAACCAUGGACUCUCCAUAAUAAUCCUACAUUUUUACUAAAGACAAAUAAACCCAAUGGCUGUUGCUACCUCUCAAAAGUUGACUAGUGAGAAGAAGAAUAUAGAGAAAGGUAAAUCCCAAAGAAGUCCACUGUAGGUCCCCUUUCUUAAUUGCUGGUGGAAAACUCCAGCUCAGUGAGGGUUCCAGAACUCUGGCUGUUCCAUUAGCAAUGUGGAUUAAGGAAGCUUUGGAUUCAUUAGUAUCCCUGCUCUUCAAAGACAAUUAUCAUCAAGAAUGAAUAGAAGUAACAUAUCAAAUAAUAAUUCUCCCUCGUCUCAAUUUCUUGAAGAUUAGUCAAGCUUCUUUUCUGAGCUUGAAUUAAACAUGAAGCCUUUUGCUCAGAACUUCUAUAUCCUGAAGACUUUUGCUCUCAUCGUUGAGUUUAAUCUGCUCUGCUCUUUCUGGUUUCUGCUACCACUGUUCAAGUGAUGCCUUCAGGCUCUGGAUAAAAGUGCUUGAUCGUUCAAAUACAAUGAAAGUUUCAGGCACAUUUUUACAGUUGGAGAGACAGAACUGGGAGGAAUUUCUUUGCUAGAGAUCAGGGAUCUCCAAACUUGGCAACUUUUAAGACUUGUGGACUUCAACUCUUAAUGUUCCCCAGCCAGCAUGGCUGGCUAAAGAAUUAUGGGAGUUGGAAGUCCACAAGUUUUAAAAGUUGCCAAAUUUGGAGACUCCUGAUAUAGAUUAUACCUAAUCUGAUUUACAUAGUUCACCUUGGUUUCAAAUCAGAAACCAAGAAUCGCAUUUUGGAAACAAUACAGAAAACAAUAUAGUGCUAAACUGAUUACUCAAAAUGUUAGCUCAGCAUGCACAAGAUUGCAACCUUGUACUUUCUAAGCUUUGUUAUAAAGCUUGUUCAAUGCAGAAUUAAGAUUGGAGGAAUUCCCGUACAGACUACCCACUCAAUUCUUGUGGUACAAGAAUAUCACUUUUCCCUUUGAGAAGUAGCUUUGAAAGGAUAGCUUUUAAAAAAAUGAAAGCCACAUGUGAUAAAAUAUAUAUCUUUUACUUAAAAUCCCAUCUUUUGCAUGUGAUCUUUCACUUCCCUUUUCUUCUUUCUGUGUUUCUCCAUGUUAUAAAGUAGCUAAGAAGUCCACUUCCAUUUUCCUGCAGUCCAGUUCCAGAAUAAAAAGACAGUUUUUUAAAGAUAGUGUGUGCUCCAAAUCAAACAAGUUUCAUAUCUCACAUCUGAGAUAAAAGAUACUGUGGUAUCUCUCAUUGUAAAAUCCACAAUUCAGUUAUAUAAAUUGUUUCAACUUUCAUUGUCUAAUGAUCUGAUGUUUAAAUUUAUUACAGGUAGGAAAGCUCUUUUUCUGCUUUUGACAAUAAGCCUCUCAUUUCACCUAAGUCAUAUGUUCAUGAUGUAAGAGUUGGUGAUGUUGUGUAAUGAACCAACAUCUUUAUGUAAACGUGGCCUACCUCUCUCUCCCAUCUCAUUUUUUCUAACCCUCAUUGGUGGCCUAGCUGGAGUUUAAUAUGACCAGGUUUAUUUAUUGUUUUCAUAUUCUGGUGUUAAGAUUUAAUUUUAUUUCCAGACCUUUACGGGAUGCAAAAAUAAAAUAGACACACUAAGUGUUGAAUAUUGAUUUCUGCAAUUUCCUCCUCCCACCCCAAAGCCAUUCAAGUUUCCAAUCCUUACAUUCAGAAAUAAAUUGGCAAUAUUGGUAGAAAACACUAAUGUUCCCAAAUACUACAGCUGCUUUAGUUGGCCAAGAUACAUCCUAUCUCUGUAUAUUAGAGUUGUCUGGAUAUUCUCUUCGAUUUUGGAAAAAUCUAAUGUUGACAUAGAUUUAAAACAAAAGUUAUGCCAACAAAACCUCCCAGUUUUUAACCAUGAUAGUGAAAUGUCCUUUGGCAACAGAUGUGGGGCAGAUGUGUCUUGUUCAGCAAUAAAUUGAGACUGGCUUCUAAGACUGGCUGCAAAGCUGUUGCCAAAACUUUGCUUUCUGCUUCAGAUUGAAGAACAUAAUAUUCCUAGUGCUCAAACUGGUGUUUUACUCGGGUCUCUUACUAGACCUGGAUACACAGGUACAUUUGAACUCACUAGGUUGAUGAUGCUAUCAGGACUAUCAGAUAGCAAUGAAAAUUAUUCAAGUGCUCAAAAUAUUUGUAACUGGCCAAUAAAAUAUUUGGUUUAUUGCCUUUGGUAUCAAUUGCUUUAAAAAGUUUGAUGUUACAAAAUCAAUUUUCCUUUUUGUUAAUUUUUUUGGACAUUUGGUACUAAUUUAUUUGACAUGUUGGGUCAGCCAUUUUUGUUUAUUUAAAUGAAAGUCCAGAUCUUCAAAUAAAUAUCAAAUACCUACUCCUC